GAAGUGAGUGUCUGAGCGACGGAGGGGGCAGAGCCGUGGAGUCAGCGCUGGUUUGGAAGGAGGACAAACAAAUAACCAUGCUAAAUCCGUGAAAUGGGCGCGCUGUGCAUCUUCACGCCACAUCGUUGAUUUCGCACGCGCAGAAGCCAUUUGAGGGUGAUCCCUCAUUGGCUGGUGUGGAUACCCUCCCCCCCUCCCCCCACAGGGCCACCACCUUCCAGGGUGGGCCUCAAUUGGCUGGACCUGCACUGAUGGACAAAAUGGCCACCAGCUUCAGAGCUGAGCUCUACUGUUCCUCCCCCCCCUUCCCCACAUCACUGUUCAUCACUCUGGUGUGGACUGUGAUUCCCCCCCUCUGAUUUGCGUUACAAUACUAUGGCAAUGCAUGAUAUGAGUCGUGCCAAGGGAUACCCCUGUAAAGAAUGUGAUAUGGUUUGUCCGAGUACUCCAAGUCUUCUCGAGCAUAUGAAAGCACAUUAUCAGCAGGAAGAGACUGGACGAUUUGAAUGUGAACAGUGUGGCCGAAUUUACAAGCAUGCAGCGAGCUUAGCCAGUCAUAAAAAGUCUCAUGAGGUGGGUUCAUUUCAGUGCCCCGUUUGUACCCGCACCCUGCCUAACGCUGUUGCUUUAAAGAACCACCUUCGUAUCCAUACUUUGUCCCCCAGUAGUGCACACGCAGAAGAGGAGAGUGAGGAAGUGCCUGAAGAAGCGGCCCACGACGAGAGGGACUUUGGUCUCGCCCAGGACCUGUCUGACGGGUUUGGCCGCUCUCAUUUGAAUAACAGUGGUAUGGGACAUAACGUCCUACAGAAUCACGAGAGAGACGACCACGGAAAAAAAGGCUCCCCUGAAUCUGACGAAGCUUGGGACAGACCGUUCAAGUGUGAUCAGUGUGACAGAACAUACCGGCACCACGGUAGUCUGGUGAACCACAAGAAGUGUCACCAACAAGGAACUUUUAAGUGCUCUGUGUGUUUCAAACAAUUUAGCAACCUGGCUGGCCUAAACAGCCACGAGAGAACUCACUCGAAGUUCAAGACCCCGGGGGCAUCAAUGGUGAGCAGCAGCAGCAGUAGCAGCGCCACUCAGUCAUCCCAGAGAGACGACACAGCCUCCUGUUUCUGCCACUUGUGCCAGGUGGCGCUGCCAAACAAGGCCGAUUUUCAGGAGCACAUCCUGCUGCACAACGCGGCAUCGCCCUCCCUCAGCCUGUCACGUAGUUUCGCAGGAAUCAUGCCUCACAAUCUGAGUGCUGUUCGUUCUCCGACUUACACACCAGCCCUGGGUGACCCUCUGCCUCUGCCACCUUUGCCCAGUGAGAAAAGAGGUCCCUAUGAUCCCAUAAUGGGCCCUCCAGUCAACAACCCCAUCUACACAUGUGCGUACUGUGGCGCUGGACACCCAGAUCUAGAGACCCUAAAGGUCCACUACUUGACACAUGAUCCACAUCCUGCCUCCCACAGCCAGGACAGCUCCAUCCUCAACACGGAGUCAUUAAGUUCUGGGUCGCAGGGCUCGGUGUCCUCUCCCUCUGGAGGUCGUGUGCCCCAGUCCAAUUCUCCAGAUGAUGGAGAAAGGCGAUUCAAGUGUGGGGAGUGUGGAAAAAGUUACCGGCAUGCAGGAAGUCUAGUGAACCAUAAACGCUGUCAUCAGACAGGCCACUACCAGUGCACCAUAUGCUGUAAGCAGUACCCCCACCUGGCAGCGCUACACAGCCACCUACGGAGCCACAAGGGACGCUCUUCUAACCAGCCUAUUGGUAGUGACGGCAAUGACUGGCUCUCUCCAGAGCCACUGACGCUGGACUCUCAGCAGAGCUAUGUCCAGGAAGGCAGUGGCACUACCACUCCAAUCACACUGCCCGGGAAUCUCAGUGAUGCUGCCCACUUUGUUCAGGAUGGCGGUCACAGCAGUGGGUUGGACUCCCUUGAGUUCCAUGAUCGCUUUGAUGGCAGCUCACUCUCCCAGAGCAGCUCCUCACACCGACAGGCUGACAGGCAUGUGUGCGCAGACUGUGGUGAGAUGUAUGCAGAUGUGUCUGGCAUAAAGUCCCACAUGUGUCCUCGCCUUGGCCAACAGCAGCAGCAGCCACAGCAGCAGAAUAACAUGCCCAACGGUUUCAUGGGGAACAUGAACUACCACAGUUCCAGCAGCCUGAAGGAAAGUGGCAGCCAACGACAGUACUCCCAGAGCGGAGGCAAAAGAAUGGGGAGCAACGAUAAAGAUGACGACGAUGAUGGAGAAGUGUAUCAAUGCUCCGUGUGUGGUAAUCAUUAUGCCAGUCUCAGAGCUCUCAGGAGUCACCUGCGUAGUCAUGCCAAUAACCCAACAGGUCCACGGCCAGGACCUUCCACCCUGGAGCAAGAUUGGAGAAUGAUAUGCUCCACUUGUGGCCAGAGUUUCUCUAGGAAGCAGGACUUGCUAAAUCACCAGUUAGUCCAUGGUCCUCAAAGGUCAGAUGGCCAGCAACAGGGUAUAGGAGGCAGCUCAGCUAAUGGCAAUGACAAGAUGGAUGGGCGCAACCACAUUUGUGUUGACUGUGGCAUGUUUUUCGCUGACCGGCACCACCUCAUCACCCACCUGUGCCCCGGCAAGAACCGGGGCAGCUCUAUGAGCAAGCAAGGACUGAAUGGAGCUAAAGGGCUGUCAGGAGGAGAUGGUGUCAGUGGUGGGGUUGCUGGAGGGAGUCGUGAUGUUGGUGGCGAUGGACGUAGGACGAUGGUUGACCAAAGUGACAAGCCUCACAAGUGUGACCAAUGUGGACGUGGGUACAGGCACCCAUGCUCGCUCCUGAAUCACAAGAAGUCCCAUAAGACUGGUGUUUUUCGCUGCUUGGUGUGCCAGAAACGCUACUACAACCUGCUGGCUCUCAAGAAUCACCAAAGAACACACUUUGACCUGAAGAGGCACAAGUGUGAAGAAUGCGGUAAGGCCUUCAAGAUCCAAAAGCAGUUGAUCAACCACCUCCGUCUCCACGAGGAGCGCCGGGCCAAAGGUCUCGUUCGGACUGGCCCAAACGGUUCGCGCUUCCAGCAACCAGGCCCGUCUCAAAUGCAGUCUAUGAGGGGAGAGUCAUCCAAGGGCCAAGUGAUGGGUGUCAAAUACAGCCACCAAGGCUUCAAGAAGCCCUACUCCUCAGCCGGAACCUCCAGGCCUCAGAAGUUUGACCCUGCUGAAAGUGGACGGCGGCCUUUUGCCUGUGAAGAAUGUGGAAAGACAUACAGACAUGCUGGGAGCUUAGCCAAUCACAAGAACCUUCACAAAAUUGGGGAGUACCACUGCAACGUCUGCAACUCUACAUACCCAAACAGGCUGGCCAUGAAAAACCACCUACGUCUCCACUUUGCCCAAAAGAAGCACAACUGCCAAGAGUGUGGCAAAGGUUUUCGCACUCAGAGACAGCUAGCUACCCACACUACAGCGGGCCUGUGCAAAGGCCCGCAGGGCCCGGGGGCCCAGAUGGAUUUUGAGUGCGACGGAUGCUGUGAAGGGUUCGCCACGGCUGAUGAGCUGGCAGCCCAUGACUGCCCAGCUCAGCACCUGCCUUCAUCCUCCUCUGCCAGCAGCUCCACCAACAUCAGCAUGGAGAGAAGCACAGUUGACCUGGACUCUGAUGAGAGACCCUACGCCUGCGACCUUUGUAGCUGUGCCUAUAAACAUGCAAGCUCGUUGCUGAAUCACAAGCACACGCAUAAGACGGGCAACUUCCGGUGCAACUUUUGUGACAAGCCGUACACCAACUACAUGGCACUACGUAACCACAUGCGCAUCCACACACAGCGGAAGAAGCACAUCUGCCUCACAUGUGGGAAAGCUUUCCGACUGGCCAGGUUCCUCCGCAACCAUCAGAAGGUCCAUGAGGAGGGCGCUACUCCCUUCGGCUGUCCCACCUGUGGGAAGAGUUUCCAGGGGAGGUCCGGUCUGGCCCGGCACCGCUGCGGGGACAACCAGGUAGGCAUGGAAGUCAGGAGGAAGGCCACGGCACCCCCAGGAGAGGGCGAAGAGUGUCGGUACACAUGUGAUCAGUGUGGUCGUUCCUACCGCCAUGCUAGCUCCCUUCUCAACCACAAGAACACCCACACAGUCGGCAUCUAUCAUUGUGCCGUGUGCCUCAAAACCUACUCCAACCUGCUUGCCCUGAAGAACCACCGCCGUAUCCACUCUGAGACACGGCGCCACCGUUGCCAUGACUGCGGCAAGGCCUUCCGCGUUUCCUCACAGCUCUACAACCACAGACGAGUCCACCAGAAGCAACGGGAGCUGACCUGUAGGUCCUGUCAGAGAGCCUUCCCGACACAGGCCAGCUUCAGGCUCCACAUGGAGAUCACACAUCGACAGACACCGCAGCCCCACCAGCCCAGAACCCAGCAGCCACGACUCGGUGGCUCCCAGGAGCUGGGCUGGGGGUCAGGCCUGGACCUCACAUUAAUGCAAGAGCAAGGACUCAACCCAGGCAGCAUGGCUAAAGCCCGCAGCCGUGGGGGCAACAGUGCGGUGAUUAAGUCUCAUGUCUGCGAUCAAUGUGGACGGUCUUACCGCCAUGCCAGCUCCCUACUCAACCACAAGAACAGUCACAAAACUGGCACCUACUUCUGCAACUCCUGCCAGAAAGAGUUCCCUAACCUAAUGUCGCUGAAGAACCACAGGAGGAUUCACACCGAGCCCAAACGUUACCAGUGUCCAGACUGUGGAAAGUCCUUCCGUGUCUCGACGCAACUCAUCUGCCAUCGGCGCAUCCACACCAAGGAGAAGCCGUUCUCCUGCCAGCACUGUGACAAGCGUUUCUCCUCCAAGUCCAACCUGAGGCACCACAUGAAGGUGCACUGGAGCAGCUCAACAGCGCCCUCUUCCAUGGCCAUGGGUGCGCCCAGCUUCCUGGGUAUGCCAGGUGGCCCCUUCAUAUGAGCUAAGGAAGAGGGGGUGGGGCUGGUGAUUGGUUGCACAAGUUAUGGGUUGGGGGGCGGAGUUGCAGUCACAAAAUGUAGCGCUUCCUCCUGCUCCCCCUCCUCUUUCCACGUGUAUCUGUGGUGAGUGUGGUCUUCUCGGCCGUCCUGCACAGACAGACAGGUGGUCCGGCUCACAGACAGACAGACCCGCCUCCCUGCUGAGCGACUCGUACAUUUGUGGUUCUGGAACUUUGAUGAGGAAUCCUGGCCACACUGCCGCAGACACUGAGCUGAGUACAGACGGACAAACACUGACACGUGUAUGGCUGACUGAGUGUUGGGGGCGGAGCCACUGCAGUUUCUGAGCAGUCCCAUGAGUCGACUCAUUGUUGCUGACGUUUGCUGGGAGUUUAGUUUCUCGUGGCCUUUGUCAGUGUUUUUAAACCACAGAGGUCUGAACUGACUGUUUUAACGUGACUCACCUGCAGGAGGCGCCGUUGAGGACGGGGCUUCGUGUCUGACUGCCGGAAAAGAGUGUGUGUGUGUGUUUUGUCAUAAACACUGACCUUGUUGGGACCAGUCGUCUGUCCUAAUGAGGCAGAACCUCAUUUCUGAGGAACUGGUUAAGAUUAUGACUAAGAUUUUAAUUGUGGUUAGGUUAAGGUGAGGGUUAGUCAUUAACUGGUUAUGGUUAAGGUUAGUGAUAAGCCUCUGUGUAGUCUAUUUAAAUGAAUGAAAGUCAAUGCAGAGUGUGUGUGUCGGUCAGGUCGCCUCCUGAUGCCUCCGUCUCACACACGACCUCAUCGACCUCAGCUUUGACAGAAACGUUUGGCGGCGCUUCCAUUUCCCGGGCGGUUAUUCGCGUCUCAUGGGAGAGAUGAACUCCCCACAACACACUGCAGGGGGCAGCGGCGGGCGGGAACUGGAGCAAUCUGUGAAAACGCGACCUCAUCUUUUAAAAAACAUCAGUAAAAAUGACGUCAUCAGUUAUGCGGCGUUUAGUGUCUGCGGAGAGGCGGGGCACCAGCCCUGCCCCCAUCUUUAAAUGGCCUUAGCGACAUAAAUGUCUCACACGUUUUUUUUUACACAUACUUCGAUCAUGUAUGGAACAUUUGUCGUGAACACAGCGAAGAAUAACAGCAGCCAAUCACAUGGAUUCAGAGGCGGGCCUUCAUUUCAAAUGCACAGUUUCUGCAACGCUGAAGCAGAGAGCGUGUGAUAGAAGCUGAUUCCGGUGUGUUUGAACACCGACUGUUCAUGUCUGUGUUUGAUGACAUCGCAGCCUUUGAGUCUGUCUGUGUUUGAUGACAUCACAGCCUCUGAGUCUGUCUGUGUUUGAUGACAUCACAGUUUCAUGAACACUUCAGCCUCUUUAUUUACUCACCAGUUAGUGACCAGUCCCGUGAUCUGAACCAGCGACCCUCAGGUUAAAAGCCCAAUUCCCUUUCACUUGGCCAUGGGCUGCCAAAACAAGAGAGCGCCACCCAUUGGACUGGAAAUGUUGGGUCUGUGGUGUCCAUGUGGAUGUUGGCGGACACACAUGUAUGAAGUGAAAUUGUGUGAUAGCGGUGGCGACGGCGGACCGGUUCUGUGAGUCGAGGCGUUAAAGUCGGCGGGUGGUGGCGGCGUUCCUGACGUGUCCUCGUUCUUUGAGUCUGUAUGUGAGACGGAGCGGUGAUGUCACUGAUCUCCCAUCAUGCCCCGGGGCUGUGCAGGUGUUUCUCUGUAUUUAUCGUACCGACUGUGUGACCUUCACGACCUCUUUUCUACGAAGGAAAAAAGACAAGCGAUCAUCGUAGUACUGCAUUUAUUUAUAUUAUUGACAUUAUUAUUAUAAUUCUUAUUAACUCUUGUAAUGGACGGCACUCACAGUCAUUAGGAUGGUGUGAGUUUAGAGCUUUGAUGUAAACCCCUCCCCCUUUACCCACAGUCCCUCUGUUGUGUGGAGACGAUGUCGACGGACACUGGGCUUCACUCAGACCUUGAACUUUUCAUGAACUGGAACUUUUUCUUUGCCUUUAACCAAGUGGUUUUGUGACGGUCGAGUUUUCCCAUCAUCCCACACUUCCAUAUUUAACUCCGCCCACUCCGACUUCCUGCGUCACAGACUCUCACUCACAUUGAAAAGGGACGACUCGACAUGAUUUUGUCCUUUUUUAUGUUCCAUGUUUUCUGGUAACCUAUUGUAUUUAUUGGUGUUAUUUUAUAUUUACUUAAUUUUUUCCCUUUUAAUUUAAUUGCGUUUUUGUUUUGUUUUUCACUCUUGGAAGCCUGUGUGUUUAAAAAAACAACAAAAAGUGUUUUCAGAAGAACCUGGUGCUAGUUUGAAAAAAAAAAAAAAAAAGCUAAGAGUUGGAGCUGUGCAGUGACCGUCAAGUGCUGUAGGAGUCAUGUGAUCUAGAACUCAGAAAUAAUAACUGUACAUUUGCUUCCUUCACUUUAGUUAACUUUUUUUAAGACACUUUCCAGUCUGCAUUUCAACUUGUUUUUAGAGAAGAAGAAGAAGAAGAAAACAUUUGUUUGGGACAAUUAUAACCUUUUCCGCUUUAAGUUUUAAUGUUUUGUUUCCAUUCAUACAUACACAUAUAUAUAUAUAUAUAUAUAUAUAUAUAUGUGUGUGUGUAAUGCUUACUAUACACUUUUAUAAACUAUGUUUUGAUAAUUCAUUUCUUAACAGAAAACCUUGUCCAUAAACUAUACCCUUACUGCUGAGUAUUGAGAAUAAAUAGCUGAAAAAAAUAAACAAGUCAAAUCCA